CAAAGCAUCUCGCCUGUGACUUUGAGUCGGGUUUCUGCGGUUGGGAGCCGUUUCUCACAGAAGAUUCACACUGGAAGCUGAUGAAACGAUUGAAUAAUGGAGAGCACCACUUUCCUGCAGCUGAUCACACAGCAAACAAAUCAUGGAUCGUUUAUUUAUUUGGAGGCACAGCGCUCCCCCGGGGUGGCCAAGCUUGGAAGUCCUGUUCUUACAAAAUUGCUCACUGCCUCUACCCCAUGUCAGGUGCAGUUUUGGUAUCAUUUGUCUCAACAUUCAAAUCUCUCAGUUUUUACAAGAACGUCUCUAGAUGGAAACUUGCAAAAGCAAGGCAAAAUAAUCAUAUUCUCCGAAUCUCAGUGGAGCCACGCAAAAAUUGAUCUCAUUGCAGAAGCGGGAGAAUCUACUCUACCUUUUCAGGUAAGCACAUACGAAAUUAAUACAACUCAACAGAAGACACUUAUUUAAUGCUAAUCCUUUCAGAUAACAAUAUAACACACAUAGCUCAUACCUUUUCAGGUGAGCACAUAUGAAAUUAAUACAAUGCAACAGAAGACACUUAUUUAAUGCUAAUCCUUUCAGAUAACAA